AUGGUAGGCGCUCUCUGGAUCGAGAGUGGAUCCGACAGCGACAGCGAUGCUGCAUCGCAUAAGCAGUAUGUCAAGGCACGAGCUCCUAGCGGCAAUGCGGUAGCCGGUCCGUCCCGUCUGGGUGCGUCUCAGCUGCGCAAGUCGCCGCGACGUGCUGUUCCUGCGACUGCGUCCUCCUCGUCCUCGGUCAUUGUCCUGUCCUCGUCGCAAGAUCAUUAUCCCAGUGUGUCGAACAGGACACAGCGCAAGCGUAAGGCUUCGCUCGAAUCGCUCGAUAGCUCUGGCCGUGUCAAUGCUCCUCCACAGCGUAUGGUCGAGUCGACGCCCGGGCAGCGAAUGGCACAGCUCCUCGCCGAAGCCUCUCCUGACACAUCGCUGCCGAGCUUUCGUGAUCUGCUUCGCCAUCACAAGUUACGAACAGGCGCCACGUCUGCUCAUGUUCCGCCAUCUAGCGAGCGCGAACAAUCCUGCUCCGCGGCUGGCCCAUCUGUGUCGCGUUUAGCUUCAGCUUCACUUCGCGCGGGCUCGCUCAGACGCACCGCAUCCCAACCCGUCGCUUCCAGCUCGCAGGAGGAACCCAUUUCAUCUCAUUUCCGUACAUCCAUCCGUCGUCCCUCCAAGAAGUCGGCAGCCAGCGCAGCUUUGCCAGAAGUCAUUGAAAUUGGCUCCGAUUCGAUCGCGGAUCCUGCCAGUGAAGCUGACGCUGCGCACCUCUUGCAGACGUCGUCCCCCAUCCGGUCCCAAUUCAGCAGCAAGCAUCGUCUGCCUUCCAGUCAGCCUUCACCGACCUCUCCCCCGCAUCGUGUUUCUGCUGCUCCAGAAAGACUCGGAGAGACAAGACGAGCUCGAUCCACCUUCAGAGCCGACUCUGCUCCGAUCAUCAUCUUGUCUAGCAGCCCGCCUCCGCCUUCGUUGCCGAGGCUUAGCCAGAGAUCUUUGGCACAGACAGUCGAAGAUAUAGCCGAAGAGGAGUACAGCUCGCAAAACUUUCCACCAUCGUCAUUUACCUUCGAAGAGCCGCCGCCUAGUCCGCCCUUCUCGCUGGACGACCAUCCAACAGAAGCAGAUGCUACCUCGCCUCUGCUGGAAAGACGACGAGCACGAGAAUCAGCAUCGAAUCCCAGCACACCAAAGAAAGCUCGGCCAAUGAGCAGGACCGGAUCGCUCCUAGAAGCGUUGGACAAGCUCUACACUGCUGAGGAGCAGAAGAGGGCCUCUGCCGAUGUCACUGAUCACGUCGAUACCGGAGAUGCUGCCUCCACGGCUGGCAAAAGCAAAGAUGGCCCAAAGAGCAACGCAUCUCCUUCGAAGGCGCAGAAAGCUGCAGCAGCCAAGCAGGCACGCGAAGCUAAGGCACGAGAACGCGAAGCCGUCAAGCUCGCCAAGGCGCAGGCUGCAGCGGAAAAGAAGCGCUUCCUGGAAGUCAAUCGCCUGCGCACCUCGAAAGCCGACACGAUGCGCGAGCUCAUCGUUGACCUCGACCGCACGCUGUUCAGUGCGGGCCAGCCUUUUGCAGGAUGUCAAGACUCGAUCACGGCUCGAUUCGAGGAGGAAGGAGCAAGCGUGCAGCUGUGCGACAGCGUGGUAGCUCCGCCACUUGUGCGAUUCAGGAGGAAAGUCAAAGCGCAGUGGAAUGCUGAGAGACGCCAUUGGACGCCGUUGGACCGAGAAGAGAUACGGCGGGAGGGUUUGGUGAUCGUGUACAUCGACGCAAAGGAAAUCGUGCAGCAGGUUGCAGAGGGAGGCGAAGCAGGAUUGGAGAGCUGGUACGGAGAUCUGCAGCGGAGGCUCGGUGCGAUGAAUGGUGGUCGAGAGGCAAACGACGGACAGCCGCAGCAGGUGUUUCUCAUCUGUCAAGGUUUGGUCAAGCACUACAGCAGGCUGCGGGCGAGCGAGAACAGAGCGUAUACGGCGCGCAUCCGACAGCAGUUGGCAGAGAACCAGCUUGCGGAAGAUGCGACGACGACAGCUUCGGAUGCUGCUCCGAAACCAGCGCGUCGAAAGGGCAACGCUGCCAGCAACACUACCACAGCCACUGCUAGAAGCAGCAGCGCUCCACCUCAAGCCCUCGUCGAACGCAGCCUGCUGCAGCUCAAACUCAUCCAUCGAUGCUACGUCAUCCACGCCGCCUCGCUCGUCGACGGCGUAGAGUGGCUCCAUCAACUCACCUCGGACCUCUCGCUGAAACCGUACAAAUCCCUCCGCGACACCCACCUCUCGUUCGCCGUCGAUACCGGUCGCAACACCACCUCGUCCUCCUCCGCUGCCAUCUACACAAUGAUGCUUCAGCAGAUCCCGCGUGUCACCCCCGCCAUCUCGCAAAGCAUCACCACCAUCUACCCAUCCUUCCACUCGCUCGUGUCGGCGUACCAGCGAUGCAAAGACGAAACGGAGGAAAAAGGGUUGCUCAGCAGCGUCCAGGUGGUCAGCAACAAGGACGGAACGGAGAGGAGAGCGAACAGGACCAAUUUAGGGUUGCAGCUGAGUAAGAGGAUUCAUGCCGUCGUGAGGGGCAGGAAUGCUGACUUGCUGAUCAACAAUCCCACCAAGGAUUGA